GCCAUUUCUAACGAUAUUUGUUAUGUGCCAUGCGUUCGCUUUCCUAACGUUGUACCUAACACAAACGACUACUUUACCGUUGUUCAAGUCAAGCAGAAUCUCCUGACUGCACUGUGUAUUACGUAAUUUUGCAGGUCAUCUGCGACCCUCGUCGAACUGAGGGUUGUCAACAUGACGUACCCUUACUACGAUUACAAGGGCGUCUUGUUUCCUGAUAUAAUUUCUCGGGAAACCUUGGACGUCAUUCCUGACUACCCUGUUCGUGAUGACGACAUUUUCAUCCUAUCAUACCCAAAAUCAGGUGCGAACUGGAUGAUGGAGAUAGUGGGUAAGGUCAUGAAAGCUGCUGGAAAGGUUACCAAUCCUGAUGAACAUACCACGUGGUGUUUCGAACUGCAGAUGCCGGGAUUGGACGAAAAACCACGUCAUGUGCUUGCCAUGGAUUCACCAUCUCCACGCAUAAUCCACACGCACCUACCACGGCAACUGGCCCCCAAAAUGGUCGCCAAUCCUCAAGGAAAGGUAGUUUUGGGGGCAAUUUUAUCUAACCUCGAAAUGCACUCUUCUGUCUAA